UAAAGACAUAAUUAUAAUAUUUAAUAUCCAAAUUUUGUGUGGUGGUGCUGCUCCGAUACAUAUAGCCACACACACAUAUAUUAUAUACAUUUGGGCUGCAGCAGAUGGACACUUGCCGGCGGCCCUCUUGACUGCGUGGUCCAUUGCCAUUAUCACAGCAGAGAGUGUCUGUAAGAUAAUCUGUGUCUAGUCCAUGGCUUCCACAACAGCUAGUGCUUUUCAAGCUUUAUACUCUUUGUCACUUGGGAGAUCAAUAACAUCAUCAAGAAGGAGAGCAAGUGGGCGUGUUGGUUUUCGGGUAUGCGCAGUGUCACAAGGCCCCAACAAACGGGGGAGAGCGCCGCCUGGAGUUGACACUAGAAUCCAUUGGGACAACCAAGAGGAAGGUUGGGUUGGUGGCGCCACCGGUACUUCUUGGGAAUCAACGAGUUCAGAAGAUCAGCAGAGGAAUCUCUUAGGGGAGAAGUUUUCUGAUUUAAUCAAUGACUCUACUGAUUCCCAUUACCAAUUCUUAGGAGUAUCAUCAGAAGCAGACUUAGAAGAGAUCAAAGGAGCUUACAGAAGGUUAUCAAAAGAAUACCAUCCAGACACAACCGCUCUUCCUCUAAAAGCCGCAUCAGAAAAGUUCUUGAGGCUGAGAGAAGUGUAUGAUGUACUGAGCAACGAUGAGACUCGCCGGUUCUAUGACUGGACGCUUGCUCAAGAGGCAGCAAGCCGACAAGCCGAGAAGUUGAGAAUGAAGUUGGAAGAUCCUUACGAACAAGAUUUGAGCAACUACGAACCUGUCCCCGACGUAGUUGAUCGUCUUGGUGGAAAGAACAUGGCUCUUAGUGAUCAGGCAAUGACUGCUCUAACCAUUGAUAUUUUCAUUCUCUUUGUUUCCAUUGCUUGUAUUAUUAUUUAUUUCAUUUUCUUUAAAGAAUCCUAUGAAUAACUUACUUGUUACAACUUCACUUACUCUUAUUUAUUACAAUUGAUACAUGAAUAGUAAUAAUUAAUAUGUAUAUGAAUAUGAAUAUGAGUCGCGAACUCCAUUUUUAUGAGCAUUGCUAUAAGAUGUUAUGAUGCCCAACA